AUGGUGUCCGUCACAAUGGCGACAUCUGAAUGGAUUCAGUUUUUCAAGGAAGCUGGGAUCCCCCCGGGCCCCGCCGUCAACUAUGCCGUCAUGUUUGUGGAUAACAGGAUCCAGAAGAACAUGUUGAUGGAUCUCAACAAGGAGAUCAUGAAUGAGCUGGGCAUCACAGUGGUGGGAGACAUCAUCGCCAUCCUCAAACACGCCAAAAUUGUGUACAGGCAGGAGAUGUGCAAGGCGGCCACUGAAUCGCUCUGCCCCGGCUCUCCCAGCGUUCAAGCUGAGCUGCGCCGCAAUGCCAAUACCGCCAGCCGGAUGAUUGCUAACAGCUUGAGCAGAGACUCACCUCCCACCACCCCCCUCCGACAACGGCCCCACACCUCCAAAAUCUCCGUCACCGUUUCCAACAAACUGGCCGCUGCGAAGGCAGGUUUAUGCGAUGCAGCAGAUGAAAAUCCAACGAUCCCGGUAAAACGCCGCCGGGUGACAGCGGAAAUGGAAGGGAAAUACAUCAUCAACAUGCCCAAGGGCACCACGCCAAGGACAAAGAAAAUCCUGGAGCAGCAAGCAGCCAAAGGUCUGCAGAGGACAUCUGUCUUCGACCGGCUGGGAGCCGAGGCAAAAGCAGAUACGACCACAGGAGGGAAGCCCACGGGAGUCUUCAGCAGACUGGGUGAUGCCUUGGGGACCGAUGGGGACAAAGCCACCGAGAGCGACGACGACUGCUCUGUCCUCCAGUAUGCCGGCGUCCUAAAAAAACUCGCCAAACCUCCCCGUAAGGAAAGCAUUGAGGCAGGAGGGACCAUCAAGGCGAAAGCCACCAGUUCAGAAGCCAAACCAGGCACCGUCACUGCUGCCAUCCAGCGGCUUGGUCACAGGAACGCCGCCGGUAUCCGUAUGGCAGCGAAACCGCAACCAGCGGCAUCCAAAAUCGGCGUCAUCAGUAUUGCCACAGCGCCGGUCGAAGCCCAGGAUGGUGACGUCACCAGCACGAAGGAUAAAAGCGAACCCGGAUUUCGGGUGACGAUCAAAAGGACAUGGGGGUGUGGGAAGGUGAGCAGCACCAGCGAGACCCCUGGCGCUCAGAUGGACAGCGCCGGCACCGUUAGCGUCUUUAAACGGCUGGGGAAGAAACCGGAUUGA